UGUUUUUGAUGAGGUGAGGGCAGUAUGAGUGGGUUGUGGUGGCUGUAGGGCGUAGUAGUGGUUGACUCAGCGAGUGAAUGGCGGAAGAGAAGGGCACAGUGUGCGUGACAGGGGCGGGAGGGUACGUAGCUUCUUGGUUGGUGAAGCUUCUUCUCUCUAAUGGUUACUCCAUCCAUGGAACCGUCAGAGAUCCUCGUGCAACUAAUUGAGCCUGCUGUGAAGGGUACUCUUAAUGUACUCAAGGCAUGUUCUGAAGCAAACGUCAAACGAGUGGUGGUUGUAUCUUCUGGAGCUGCUGUUUCCUUGAACCCUGAAUGGCCCAAGGGUCAAGUGAAGGACGAGACUUGUUGGUCUGAUACAGAAUACUGCAGAAGAACUAAUAAUUGGUAUUGUCUUUCCAAAACAAAAGCAGAAAGUGAGGCUUUUGAGUAUGCGAAAAGAAGUGGGCUUGAUGUUGUAAGAGUGUGUCCAACCCAUGUUUUGGGGCCAAUGCUCCAGUCCACAGCAAAUGCUAGUAGUUUGGUUCUCAUUAAGCUUUCAAAAGAGGGAUAUGAUGAAUUCGAAAACAAUUUGAGGAUGAUAGUAGAUGUACGAGAUGUAGCUGAAGCACUGCUAUUGGCAUAUGAGAAGCCCGAAGCCGAAGGAAGGUAUAUAUGCAUAGCUUACAUGAUAAAGUCACAAGAUCUGGUGGAAAUACUCAGGAAAAACUACCCGAACUACAAUUAUCCUAAGAAAUUUACUGAGGGAAAGGAAGAAGAAAAGCUCAGUUCAGAGAAAUUGCAGAAGCUGGGUUGCAGUUACAGACCGAUAGAAGAAACUCUGGUUGAUUCCAUUGAAAGCUGUAGACAAGCCGGACUUCUGUACUAUAUGUAUGUGGGCACAGUUGGAGGUGGGACUCAACUUGCAUCUCAAUCGGCUUGCCUGAACCUUCUUGGCGUGAAAGGUGCAAGCAAGGAGUCCCCAGGAUCGAACUCAAGACUUUUAGCAACCAUAGUAGCUGGUUCAGUUUUGGCAGGGGAGCUCUCCUUGAUGUCCGCCAUUGCAGUUGGGUAG